AAGUCUCAUAAUAAAUAUCUCUAUAUCUCUAUUAUAUCUCCUCUUCUCUACUCUACACCCUGUAUCUUUCACACCCAUCCCAUGGGGAUCACCAGAAACCACCACCACCAUUCACCCGAUCUCACCACCACAAAGAAGAAGCUCAAAUACAAUCACUACGAUUAUGAAGAAGACGACACUUGCACUGGAUUUGCGUUGACUUUAGGUGACUUUAUUAAUCCGAUGUUGCCCACUUCAAUUGUUGUUUCGGAUGCUUUGGAACCGGAUUGUCCGGUUAUUUAUGUUAAUAAAGUCUUUGAAUCUGUUACCGGUUAUCGUGCUGAUGAAGUUCUUGGUCGGAACUGUCGUUUCUUGCAGUACAGAGACUCGAGAACCCAAAGGCGGCACCCGUUGGUGGAUCCUGUUUGUGUUUCAGAGAUCAGAAGAUGCCUUGAUGAAGGCAUAGAUUUCCAGGGAGAGCUUCUCAACUUCAGAAAAGAUGGUACGCCACUAGUCAACCGCCUGAAGCUCGCUCCCAUACACGAUGAUGACGGUGUAGUCACACACAUAAUCGGCAUCCAAGUGUUUACAGAAACCAAAAUUGAUCUAAACAGCGUAUCGUAUCCUGUUUUUAAAGAAACUUGUAAGAAUGAAGGGGAUCAAGUGGCGCCGAAAAGUGGGAUGGUGAAGUGUACGGAGUGUCGGGAGGUAUGUGGGAUUCUUCAACUUUCUGAUGAAGUGAUGGCUCAGAACAUUUUGUCUCGGUUGUCGCUUAGAGAUGUUGCUUCGAUUGGAUCGGUUUGUAGAAGAAUUCGCCAGCUUACUAAAAACGAGCAUGUUAGGAAAAUGGUGUGUCAAAAUGCUUGGGGGAGAGAAGUGACAGGUGCGUUGGAACACAUAACGAAGAAGUUGGGGUGGGGUCGGCUUGCUCGCGAACUCACCACGCUUGAAGCCGUUUGUUGGAAAAAGCUUAGAGUCGGUGGUGCGGUAGAGCCGUCACGUUGCAAUUUCAGCGCGUGUGCUGCUGGGAACCGAUUGGUUUUAUUUGGUGGGGAAGGAGUUAACAUGCAGCCGAUGGAUGAUACAUUUGUCCUCAAUCUGGAUGCUGUGAAUCCACAAUGGCGGCAGGUGACUGUGAAAUCGGCUCCACCGGGUCGGUGGGGCCACACACUCUCGUGCCUAAACGGAUCUUGGUUAGUGGUGUUUGGUGGAUGUGGGAAACAAGGAUUGUUGAAUGAUGUGUUUGUUCUUGACCUAGACGCCAAACAACCAACAUGGAUAGAAGUGUUUGGUGGCGGUCCACCGCCACCCAGAUCGUGGCACAGCUCAUGCACUGUCGAAGGGUCAAAGCUAGUGGUCUCGGGUGGGUGCACCGAUGCAGGGGUUCUUCUCAACGACACGUUUUUGCUUGAUCUCACAAUGGAAAAACCAAUGUGGAGAGAGCUUCCGACUUCACGAAUCCCACCUUCUCGAUUGGGACAUUCACUCUCGGUUUACGGAAGAACCAAGAUUCUUAUGUUUGGUGGCCUUGCAAACAGCGGUCAUUUAAGGUUAAGAUCGAGCGAGACGUACACGAUAGAUCUACUGGACGAGAAGCCUCAAUGGAGGGUUUUAGAAUGCAAUGCAUUUACAGGGGUAGGGACCCAAGGUGCAGUGGUUCCACCACCUAGGCUUGACCAUGUAGCCAUGAGCAUGCCAUGCGGGCGAGUUAUAAUAUUCGGUGGUUCGAUUGCAGGCCUACACUCUCCUUCACAAGUUUUCUUGUUGGACCCGUCAGAGGAGAAACCGUCUUGGAGGAUUCUAAACGUGCCUGGUGAAGCUCCAAAGUAUGCUUGGGGUCAUAGUACUUGCGUAGUCGGGGGUACACGGGUUCUUGUGUUAGGUGGUCACACCGGCGAAGAGUGGAUUCUUAACGAGUUGCAUGAGUUAUGCUUGGCGAGCAGACCAUGAUCUACCAUGCUGCUUUUGUUUUUAUCACUUAGUGAGUUAUAUGUAUAAUUACAGAGUGUUUGUAUAUUUUUUUCGCGGCUUGUAUAAUGCUUAUCCAAGCAGGGGCAGUAACACAGAAACAAAACAGUAUCUUUGAUCA